GGAAACUAUCCAAAAAUUAUUACAAAGCAAUAGCAAAACGAAAAAUGCAAUGCGCAUAUCGCAUUUUAAAUAUGAUACAAUGAUAAUAUCGCUGAGAGUGUUUUAGAUUUAUUUUUGCAAGUAAAAAUUAUGACAAUUUUUUUAUUUUCUAAUCUAUUUCAUAUUUUUUGUCUAUAUUCCAAUUAACUCUGUGCUUUAAUAAUAAAAGGCAAAACUGACUUUCCUAUAUAAACCAUGUAACUUAACAUUCUGUGCUGUCAAACGUGAAAAUGAAACUUUUUUGUUGGGAAUUAUUAAUUUAGAAAUUUAGAAGUAGCGGCUUGAUUAUUUAGUUAAAAUUCUCAGAAAAAUGUUUAAUGAAACAAAUGGUUAUGACUUGGAACAUCAUAAAAGAGAAGUAGUCCGAGAAGCGACUGCAAUAUUAGAACGCACUGGUGAAAGUAUAGCUAGAUCAAACCAAAUAGCAAUUGAAACUGAAGAAAUAGGAAACGAGAUGAUUUCAGAGUUGGGAGAACAAAGGGAAUCAUUGCUCCGAACCAGAGGUCGCUUGGAGGAUGCUAAUCAGCAACUGGAUAAUGCAAAAUAUUUGCUUUCUAAAAUGGGAAGGAAUGUGAUUUAUAAUAAGCUUAUAUUAAUUUUAAUAAUAAUUUUAGAGACUUUAAUACUAAUUGCAGUGAUUUAUUUAAGAUUCUUCAAGAAUAGUUGAUAAAAUAUUAAAUCUAGCAUAGUAAGUUUGAAUAUAUUGUCUUGCAUGCAGAAAUAUUCCCUGAAGUAAAAUUGAUUACCUCAAUUUUGUACAAAUGUUUUUUAAACAAAUGUUAAAUUGAUAAAACUGAAUAUAUAUUGUGUGAUGAAUGUAAUUAAAAGACAA